CGCGCGCGCGCGGGCGGGCCGCGGAAGCGGAAGUGGGCAGGUGCGGCCAUGGCGGCGGCGGGCGCGGGGCAGCAGUGGGUGCUGGUGGAGAUGGUGCAGGCCUUCUACGAGGCUCCUGCUUACCAUCUCAUUUUAGAAGGAAUUCUAAUUCUGUGGAUAAUUAGACUUCUUUUCUCCAAGACAUACAAGCUUCAAGAGCGAUCUGAUCUAACACUUAAGGAAAAGGAAGAGUUGAUUGAAGAAUGGCAGCCAGAGCCUCUUGUACCUCCUGUGCCAAAAGAUCACCCAGCUCUCAACUACAACAUUGUUUCAGGUCCUCCCACCCAUAUAAUCACUGUUAAUGGCAAGGAAUGCAUAAACUUUGCAUCAUUUAACUUUCUUGGACUGCUGGAUAAUGAAAAGGUUAAGAGUGCGGCCCAGGCAUCUCUGAAGAAAUAUGGUGUUGGCACUUGUGGACCUAGAGGAUUCUAUGGCACUUUUGAUGUGCACUUAGAAUUAGAAGAACGAUUAGCAAAAUUCAUGAGGACAGAGGAAGCUAUUAUAUACUCAUAUGGAUUUGCAACAAUUGCCAGUGCUAUUCCUGCAUAUUCGAAAAGAGGGGACAUUGUAUUUGUAGAUGAAGCUGCCUGCUUUGCUAUUCAGAAGGGAUUACAAGCAUCUCGUAGUAACAUCAAGUUAUUUAAGCAUAAUGAUAUGGCUGACCUUGAACGACUGCUGAAAGAACAGGAGACUGAAGAUCAAAAGAAUCCUCGCAAGGCCCGUGUCACUCGAAGAUUUAUGGUAGUGGAAGGAUUGUAUAUGAACACAGGAGAUAUUUGCCCUCUUCCAGAACUGAUAAAAUUGAAGUAUAAAUACAAAGUUAGAAUAUUUUUGGAGGAGAGCCUUUCCUUUGGAGUCCUUGGAGAACAUGGAAGAGGAAUUACUGAACAUUUUGGAAUAAACAUUGAUGAUAUAGAUCUUAUUAGUGCAAACAUGGAAAAUUCACUGGCUUCUAUUGGAGGAUUUUGCUGUGGAAGAUCUUUUAUUAUUGACCAUCAGCGAUUAUCUGGUCAAGGCUACUGCUUUUCUGCAUCCCUGCCUCCUUUGUUAGCUGCUGCUGCUAUUGAGGCUCUGAAUAUUAUGGAAGAUAAUCCAGACAUUUUUCAGACUCUUCGGGCUAAAUGCGAACGAAUUCACAAAGCUUUACAGGGGAUUUCUGGCUUAAAAGUGGUGGGAGAAUCUUUUUCUCCAGCGUUGCACCUACAGUUGGAAGAGAGCAGUGGGUCUCGAGAAAAUGAUGUGAAGCUACUUAAAAGAGUUGUGGACUAUUGCAUGAAUAGUGGUAUUGCAUUAACUCAGGCCCGCUAUCUGGAGAAGGAAGAAAAAUGUCUUCCUCCACCAAGUAUUCGAGUAGUGAUAACAGUGGAACAAACAGAACAAGAACUGGACAAAGCUGCAUCACUUCUUAAGGAAGCUGCACAGUCUGUAUUGAAUUAGAUUGCUGUUUGGAAUCCUCUUUCUCCAGAUUAGCAGGAUAAGUGUUUUACACUGUAUAGUGACUUCCAAGUUCUUCCACUGAUGGCAUUGAAACCUGACUAACAAGAUUGUUCUGGAAGGGUGCAAACAGUGAGAGGAAGAAUACUGAAUUUUGAAAUUGGUGAAUGAUGCAGUGGACUUGCAAUUCAAACUACCAUUUACUAGCAUUCCUUAAAUGGGAUAUCACUGUUGCAUACAGGACUCUUUCAUAAGUUGUAUCUUAAAAAGUUUUAAGUUUAUUUCUUCAAACCCUUAAACAUUUUCAAAUAUUUAUAUGAAUAUUCAAUUUUCCAAAAAAAAUGCAUCUAAAAGGUGUAAAUCUUUUUGCAUAUUCUCAGAAUGUGGGAGCUUCAAAUAAAUUUCAAGGAAUUAUUCCGGCCCAAAUGAGGAUGGCCUGUUCCUAAUAUGGCCAAAAGGAAGAAAAAAAACCAUUAAGACAUAAUUUUAUGCUGUAUUGCAUCGUUUAAUAUUGAAUUAUACGAACUUUAAUUCUUUUUUGUUUAUAUCUUUCUCUAAUGAUUUUUGGAAGCCAGUUUUUAAGAAUGCCUGGCCAGAUAAUUCCAUUACCUAAAUGGUAAAUUCAUAUUAAAUACUCUUCGCUUCUGGCAUUUCAUAUGUGAUUAUAUGCAUGUUUGAUAUUAUGGGUGAGGGUUUUCAUAUUAUUGACUUUAAAGCUUCUAAACUUAAACUUCUGAAUUGUGAAACUGGUGUAAUUACAUUAUAGUAUGUUCAGUCUCAGGGGAUCUUUUGCACCAGUCUUGAGGGGGAGUGAUAAGGAACGUGAAGAACAAACCAAGGUUUUGAAACAGCAACUAAAUACUAGCUUAGUCAAACUACUUUGAAGCACUAAAAUGGUGUGUGUGCUGAGUUUUAUCACGAAAUAGCUAUGCCUUGGAGAGGAGGAGCCACAGAUAGCUAAUAAAGAGUUUAGAUGGUAGAAACACUAGUGAAACACAACUCAAUAUGUGUACAUAAAAUCUCCAUGUAAUUGGAUAGUAAUAUUGGAGGUUUUGCUAUCAGGAUUUUCAGUGACCAUUACACUGAUGGACACAUUACACGAAUCAGAGGAAGCUACUAAGGAAUUGUGACAGUAGGCUGUAGCUUUUUAUAAAUUAAAACUAUAGCGGUGUAUUUCAGGAUUUUGCUUUAAGAAUGCCUGUUUAAAAAUGUUAUAUUCUGCCUGAUAUGUAUUCUGGGUUGUUUUGUAUUUAUGUGCCUUUUUGGUUGCAGCUACAAGGACUACAGACUAUUUUUGAGAAACGUUAUCGUUCAAAUAAAAAGUCAAUAACGUA